CAUAGUUGGUCAUUAUAUAUUUAUCAUGCCGCAGAAGAUAGCUAUUAUUGGUGCUGGUGCCGCAGGAAUGUCCUGCGCUGCCUCUCUGGCCGCCCAUCCUGACCGCUUUGCCGUGACGCUCGUCGACGUCGCCUCCCUCACCGGCGGCCAGGCAACGUCCAUCCCCCUCGACGCCUCGCAGUUUGGCGCCAGCUGGCUCAACGACGGUGUGCAGGGCGGAUCGCCCAUCUUUCGUCACACGUUUCGCUUCUUCCGACAGCACGGCCACGAGCCGCAGCCCGUCCAGCUGCAGGUGGCCUUUGGCAAAGGCCGCGACGCCUUCUUCACCAACGUCUUCCCCAGCCCGCUGAUCGAGGCGUCGCGCCCUGAGAUCCUCAAGCUCGGCCGCGUCCUGAAAUGCAUCAAGUACGCAAUGCCCAUCUUGGGUCUCGUGCCCGUCAAGACCCUGCUCUCCCUAUUUCGCUUCAGCGCCCACUUUGGAACCCGUGUCGUCUUGCCCCUGCUGGCCCUCUUUCUGGGCACGGGCAACCAGACGCCCAACGUGCCCUGCAUCCUGCUUGAGAGAUUGUUCGAUGACCCGCAGAUGCGGCUGUGGGAGUACGACGCAGACUCGCUGCUCCCCAACCGCCCGACCAUGUACACCUUUCCGAACCUGGGGGAUUUCUACCGCGACUGGACGGCCGAUCUGCAGGCUAGGGGUGUUGAGGUCCUGCUCAACACCCGCACGGAGAUACUGCGUCGACAUCCUCGCGACGGAGUGACCCUCUCUUUCACCACCUCAACAUCAACACCCGCAGAGUCUGCCCACUCGACCUCUGUCAAGCGCGACUUUGACUACCUCGUCCUCUGCACGCAACCGGACGAGUCGAAGAAUUUGCUGGGAAGCCUCGCGACCUGGAAGGAAAAGUACGUGCUAGGCGGGGUGCGGUUCUACAACGACCUCACCAUCACCCACUGCGACGCAGCCUACUUCACCCGUACCUUUGAGACGCAAUGCACGCCUGAUUUGUGCGUAGAGAAGAAGAAGGAUAAAGCCCGCGACGAGCGCAUCGCCUUUGCACAGUCUUCCUCGGCCUGCCAAUCCGACGGCUGGCAAGGUUUCCAUCCAAUGUACUAUACACACUCAUACGCAAACGCUCCCGAAUGCAUCGAGAUGGGCUUCGACUGCUCCAACUACCAGCAUCAAUUCCGCCAGGCCCUGGGCGAGGGGAACCCCUCCCCGCCGCCAGACAGACACGUCUACCAGACCAUCUUUCUGGAUGACUCGCGGCGCGACCUGUGGACAUGCGACGAGAUCGACGCCGACAAGGUCAUCGCUAGAAAGGAGUGGCAUCAGUUCGGCCAUCGCUGGCAGCACUACCUGCGUGUCGUCCCGGGGAUGAUGUUCCUCAACGGCAAGAAUAGGACUUUCUAUGCUGGCAGCUGGACCAUGGUAAAUAUGCAUGAAAUCGCCUGCAUCUCCGGGAUCGCAGCCGCCCAUCGACUCGGUGCCACAUACGAGCCUUUUGACGAUCUCGCAGAGGAUUUGUUCGCCAAGUACCUGCUGGUAUGCCAUGGUGUGAGACACAAGAAGCAAUCAAAGAAGCAGUCGUGAAACAAUAUCACUCUUGACUCUUAUAUUAGCUACAAAACAUAUGCCUACGGCCUUCUUCCAUAAACGAUGUAGAUAUUGCCGUACUGAUGGACCGAGAGACCGAUAUCUGGACUAAUAGCAAGGGCGAUUGAUGGAGUAAAGCACCGUCUUUAUAUUCUAACGACGACCUUUUCCGAGUCGUUUCUUCUCGCAUGAUGCCUUCAGUAUGAAGGCCGUUUUCCCCUUAGUCAAUGGAGACAUCACUGAGAAAAAGAAACCCCCAUUCG